CCCAAGGAUCUCGGAUAGCAUGGACCAUUCGGAAACGUCGUCAUUUCAGUAUGCGUCUGCGCACAAUAUCGAAACACUUCCACCGUGGAACGUCCAUUCGCUUUUAUCCAGAAGGAAAAAUCAUCAUAUUUUCAGAUUUAGGUUGCCCUUUGACCUGUCCCGUGUAGCUACAGUGAUGGUUUGCAUUCCCUGCAUCGUCAUUCCGGUCCUCUUGUGGGUGUACAAGAGGUUCCUUGAACCAAUCAUCUACCCAUUCAUUGGUCCAAUUAUAAGCCGAUUCUGGCCAACAAGGAAAGCUGUCAAGGAGAGUGGCAUAGGAACUGGUGACGUGAAAGCCAGUGAAAAGAGCAAUGGUUGUCCAGUGAUGAGCAAUGGAGCAUGCAAGGCUGAAGUCAAUGGUGUUGCUGCGAAUGGUGUUGCUGCAAAUGGUGUUGCUGCAAAUGGUGUUGCUGCAAAUGGGCCGGCUGCAAAUGGGCCGGCUUCUCCAGUAUCUGACAAGAAGACUGACUAACAUUUCACCAGUUUUUCAACUGUGAAAAUAUUUGAAUACAAUAUGGAGAACUUAACUUUACCGUUCUUAUUUUCUGAAAUUGACUAAUGUGGGAUCUUUUAAUGCUGGCCUGGAUUUAACAUAGCAACACAUAUUGUACAUUUUCCGUAAUGCUCAUUUCAGUUGUUUUGAGGAAUAGAAUAUAUGUAGAAAAUAUUUCUGCCUUUGGUUUAUCAUGCUUGAUUCCCUCAUGUAUUUAUUAUAACAGAUACAAUACCUACUUCUUUAUAUUAAGUACAUAUUUAAUUUUCUAAUUCCAAAAUUAAUUAUUAGCAAAUAUUAAAAAGGACAUUUAAACACAUUCCGACCUUGAGAUUUUUAAGCAUUUGCUUUUUCCCCCUUUUAUGUGCAAUGUAUAAAUAAACCUAUGGAUUACUAUCA